AUGGACGACGCCUGUAAGGUUUUGGUAGUGCAGCCUGUCCUGCAGACAUGGCACCAUGGUAGACGCCACGAUAGUCUUAACGUCUCUGUGGCUCUGAGCGAUGAUGAUGCCGCUCUCGGAAGCCAUGAUCACCUGGCAGAGGAGCAGAGCCAUAAAGACAGAGUUAUUCUGCCCAUGGAAGAUGAUACAACAAACAGGCCAAUAAGAGCGCAGGGGGCGGGCUCAGACAUGAUUUACACCAUUGAAGACGUCCCGCCCUGGUAUCUGUGUAUUCUCCUGGGACUACAGCAUUACCUGACGUGUUUCAGCGGCACUGUGGCGGUGCCGUUUCUCCUGGCCGAGGCAAUGUGUGUUGGCCGAGACCAGAACACCAUCAGCCAGCUGGUGGGAACCAUUUUCACCACCGUGGGAAUCACAACUUUGAUCCAGACCACAGUCGGAGUCAGGCUUCCUCUGUUUCAGGCCAGUGCGUUAGCUUUCCUGAUUCCUGCACAAGCAAUCCUCAGUCUGGACCGCUGGAAGUGUCCCAGUGAGGAGGCAAUUUAUGGGAACUGGAGUCUUCCUCUCAACACCUCCCACAUCUGGCAGCCACGCAUCAGAGAGAUCCAGGGGGCCAUCAUCGUGUCGAGUUCUGUGGAGCUUCUGAUUGGUCUGUGCGGGUUGCCAGGUUUGCUGCUGGAGUACAUCGGCCCACUCACCAUCACUCCAACUGUCUCACUGAUCGGCUUGUCUGUCUUCACCACAGCUGGAGACAGAGCUGGGUCUCACUGGGGCCUGUCCACACUGUGUAUUUUUCUCAUUGUGCUGUUUGCUCAGUACCUGAGAGAGACUUCACUUCCUGUUCCUGUUUACAGAAGGAAGAAAGGGCUGUCGUCCACCAGAGUCCAGAUCUUCAAAAUGUUUCCUAUCAUCCUCGCCAUCAUGGUGGUCUGGCUCGUUUGUUACAUUCUCACGCUGACCGACAUGUUGCCAAGCAACCCGGAUCGCUACGGACACAAGGGCCGGACGGACGCCCGCGGUGACAUCAUGGCUUCAUCUCCCUGGUUCAGAGUACCCUACCCCUGCCAGUGGGGCUUGCCGGUAGUUACGGUUGCUGGGGUGUUGGGGAUGCUGAGUGCCACCAUGGCUGGCAUCGUGGAGUCGAUUGGUGAUUAUUAUGUCUGUGCUCGGAUGUCUGGAGCCACGCCCCCUCCGGUCCACGCUGUCAACAGGGGAAUCUUCACUGAAGGCGUCUGCUGCAUCAUUGCUGGUCUAUUAGGGACCGGAAAUGGCUCAACCUCCUCCAGUCCAAACAUAGGCGUUCUGGCCAUCACCAAGGUGGGCAGCCGGCGUGUGGUGCAGUAUGGAGCAGGUAUCAUGUUUAUUUUGGGAUCAGUCGGGAAGUUCACCGCCCUGUUUGCUUCACUACCAGAUCCCAUCCUCGGAGGAAUGUUCUGCACGCUUUUCGGUACGAUCACAGCCAUCGGUCUCUCUAACCUGCAAAUGGUGGAUCUGAACUCGUCAAGAAAUCUUUUUGUUCUUGGGUUCUCGAUGUUCUUUGGUCUGACUUUACCGAAUUACUUGGACAACCACCCGAACUCCAUCAGCACAGGUCUGGCAGAGCUGGAUCAGAUCCUGACCGUUCUUCUGUCCACUGAGAUGUUUGUUGGAGGUUUUCUGGCUUUUUCUCUUGACAACACAAUACCAGGAUCAAGACAGGAGCGAGGGUUAGUGGAGUGGAGGUCUUCCUCCUUCUCCUCCUCCUCCUCCUCCUCCUCCUCCUCCUCCUCCUCGUAUGAUCUUCCUUUGGGGAUGGGUGUGAUCAGACGGACUCACUGGCUCAGACGGUUUCCCAUCAGCCCCUCCUUCAGAGGUUUCCAGGCGUCUGACGCCUCGCCGCCGAAGGAGGAGGAGGUGCCAGAGAGAGGAGAAGAGGAGGCGCCGGACAUCGACGUGUUCAGUAGCAAGAUGUGACUUUGAUAAGCGGGAAUCAAACCUGUAGACGUGACUGAACUGUUUUAGUCUCCAAUUGAAUAAAACUCUGCUCUUC